GCGCGGGGAGGCAGGGGAGGGGCGGUUGGCCUGGUUUCCUGGCGACGCGGCUGUGCCAGCGGCUCUUUCUCGUGCGGUUUAAUCUCCUCCUCUCCCCGACGCGUGAGCUGGCAGCCAUGCCUUGGCUUCUCUCAGCUUCCAAGCAGGUUCUCGCCGCAGCAAGAGCCCGCGGCCUUUCAGGAUGCAUGUUAUGUAUACAGCGAGGAUACUCCCUCCAGCCCAUGCCAGAGAGGAAAAUUCCUAACCGAUACUUAGGCCAGCCCAGUCCAGUUACACACCCACACCUCCUGGGACCAGGGGAAGUAACACCAGGAGUAACUCAAGUGGAAUAUGCACUUCGAAGACACAAACUAAUGUCUCUGAUCCAUAAGGAAACCCAAGGACAGAGUGGAACAGACCACACAGUGGUUGUGCUUUCCAGCCCUACAUACUACAUGAGCAAUGAUAUCCCCUACACUUUCCACCAAGACAACAACUUCCUGUACUUGUGCGGAUUCCAAGAGCCUGAUAGCAUUCUGGUCCUUCAGAGCCUCCCUGGCAAGCAGUUACCAUGCCAUAAGGCCAUGCUUUUUGUGCCUGGGAGAGACCCCAGUCGAGAACUUUGGGAUGGUCCACGAUCUGGCACAGAUGGAACAAUAGCCCUAACUGGAGUGGAUGAAGCCUACACACGAGAGGAAUUUCAACACCUACUGCCAAAACUGAAAGCUGAGAACAACACUGUUUGGUAUGAUUGGAUGAAGCCUUCUCAUGCACAGCUCCAUGCUGACUACAUGCAGCAUCUAACUGAGGCCAAAUCCAGGAGUAAGAAUAAGGUUCGGGGUGUCCAGCAGCUAAUACAGCGCCUCCGGCUCAUCAAAUCUCCUGCAGAAAUUAAGAGAAUGCAGAUUGCUGGGAAGUUGACUUCACAGGCUUUCAUAGAGACCAUGUUUGCCAGCAAAGCCCCUGUGGAGGAAGCCUUUCUUUAUGCUAAGUUUGAAUUUGAAUGCCGGACUCGAGGCGCAGACAUCCUGGCCUACCCACCUGUGGUUGCUGGUGGUAACCGCUCAAACACUUUGCAUUACGUGAAAAAUAAUCAACUCAUCAAGGAUGGUGAAAUGGUGCUUCUGGAUGGAGGUUGUGAGUCUUCCUGCUAUGUAAGUGACAUCACACGCACCUGGCCUGUCAAUGGCAGAUUCACCUCACCUCAGGCAGAACUCUAUGAAGCUGUUCUAGAGAUCCAGCGAGGCUGUCUGAGCCUCUGCAUGCCUGGGACAAGCUUGGAGAACAUCAACAGCUUGAUGCUGACACUGAUGAGUCAGAAGCUAAGAGAGCUGGGCAUUGUGAAGAGCAGUAUGGAAAAUGCAUUCAAGGUUGCUCGAAAAUACUGCCCUCACCAUGUUGGCCAUUACCUUGGGAUGGAUGUGCAUGACACUCCAGAUAUGCCCCGUUCCCUCCCACUGAAACCUGGUAUGGUGAUCACAGUUGAGCCAGGUAUUUAUAUUCCAGAGGAUGACAGAGAUGCACCAGAGAAGUUCCGGGGACUUGGUGUCCGAAUUGAAGAUGAUGUAGUGGUGACUCAGGACUCACCUCUCAUCCUUUCUGCAGAUUGUCCCAAAGAGAUAAGUGACAUUGAACAGAUCUUCAGCAAGACCUCUUGACUCCCACAGCAGCCCGAAAGCAUCUCAGGUUCAAGAGGGGUGUCCUGGCGCCGCUGCAUGUGCAUUGAGUUGCUGUAUUUGUCUAUACAUGCUCCCUGUGGGAGGGUAGCAGCACACCUGGCUUUUUCAUUUUCAGUAGCUAGAAAUCUGGGAAAGCAAACUUUGGAACGAUUUGUUACUGCAGCUACCAACAUUAAUUCUGUAGAAUUAAUGAUCUAAGUGAGUUUAAUUUUUAAACAGAAAAUAAGGUCUCAAUUACAUUUGUCCAUGCAUUCCAACUGACACUUUAAACAUGGAAAAUUCUCUUUUGAGUCUUUCUUUUUGUACUUAAUAUCACUUUUCUGAAAUCCACUUAGAUGUUUGUUUGAUGCCUAUAUUUUGGAACUAAUCACCAGCGUCUUUGCUAUGCCAUGCUAAAAACUAUGUCAGUGGAUUUUCACUUACAUACCUUCCUUUACUUCUUCCUGCCUCCACAAGAUUCUGCAUAUCUACCAGGACCACGUAGUCAUCUGGAUAACUGACAUCACUCAGUCCUACCAUUCAGCCACAGUCCAAAUUGCAGCAGCCUAGCUUUCCAGCAAAGCAGAUUUGAGCCUUUCUUGCCCUUGGUUACCUGGGACUUGGAUAGUGUUGAUUGUUCAAAAGGAAGAAAUAAAAGAUUUUUUAAAAUAUAUAUGUAUCUACUACUCUAAGUCUAGACCUCCAGCCAUCUGUUCUCUCUGGUAUAAAGAUGGUGCCUUUCCCACACAUCCAUGCUUCCUUCAUUUUUUUGUUUGUUAUGGGGGAGGGGUGCAUUGAUUUUCAUUUGAUUUUAGUUUUUGCAGUGUUAGGGAUCAGAUUCAGGGCCUUCCCUGUGUUCUACCACUGUUCCCCCACUGAACUAGACCUCAACCCUUGAUUUUUUUUUUUUU